AUGCUAACCUCAAUUUUUCCUCCCUAGACAUGUAAUGCCAACCAUAUACCCUAUUUCUAUAAUAGAAAGGGCUCCUCCUAUCCCACCAGAGAUGAGGAAGAAAAAAAAUUAUAAAAGAGAAAUAACAGUAUUUUUUGGAAUAGCUUCAUCUAUCGUAAUUAAAACCCAGUAAAGAACUUCUAGAUGCUCCUAUAAAGCUGGGAAAUAUCUUUGCUUUUAAGAAAAGGAUUUUUAAGUAUGAACUAAAAUUUUUAGUAUUUCUUCAUAAUAUAAAAUUAAAUCAAUCAGAUAUCCUUUGAAAUUAUAUUCGCUUUAUUAUUUUUUUGAAAAUUUUGGAACUACUAAUUUUCUAAUUCAAAAAGGCUAUUAAGUUAAAUAAAUAAUAAAUUAGCAUGUAAAUGGAUAUAAUAAACAAAGUGCUUCAUAAAAUUAGUUAAUUCAUUUUUGUUGCAUAAAUUUACUCUUAGGGUUAGUGUCAUAUAGGCCAAGAAUUUAUGGAGCUAAAAUUGGAUAGAAGCUGAAUAAGCUGGAGUUAAUUGAUUUUUUACCUUGA